CGGGGAAGGGCGGCGGGGGAGGCGCGGCGGGCGCGGAGCUCGGCACUGCCCCGCUGCUUCGGCGCCGGCGCUGCCGGGCCGGGGGAGGGCUCAGCCCGGCCCGCCCAGCGCGGCUCUCCGGCCGCGCCGAUGGGGCUGCGGGCCUGGCUGCGCUCGCUGGGCGGCUGCUGCGGCUGCUGCGGAGGGGAGGCGGCGGCGCCCGAGAAGGAGCCCUUGCUCAGUAACAACAACCCCUACGCCUCCUUUGGAGCCACGCUGGCGCGGGACGAGGAGCAGAACCUGUGGAGCACCCCACAUGACGUGACCCACACGGAGGCGGACGACGACCGGGUGCUGUACAACAUGAUCGUGGUCAGGAACCAGCUGGACAAGGACUCGGAGGAAUGGCAAAAGCUCAACUAUGAUAUUUAUACCUUACGGCAGACCCGAAAAGAAGUGAGAAGCAGGUGGAAGCACAUUUUGGAGGAUUUAGGUUUCCAGAAGGAAGCGGACUCCCUCUUGUCGGUGACCAAACUCAGCAUCAUUAGUGACUCCCAGAACAUGGGCAAAGCCCGGGACUUCCUGUUAAAGCUGUCUGAAGAGACAAACAUCUUCCCGACCAGCUGGGAGCUUUCUGAGCGCUACCUCUUUGUGGUGGAUCGGCUCAUAGCUCUGGAUGCUGCAGAUGAGUUCUUCAAGAUGGCCAGUGUGGUGUAUCCGAAGAGACCCAGCGGGGAAAGAGUGGACGAUAGCCAGAAGGCCCCCCAGUGUAUUGCUGUCAUGAUGCCCUGAGGAACAUGCCUCGCUGGCGCAAGACGGACAGCGGGUUUCCUUCGCUCCGGGACCAGGCUCCUCUGCCGAGGGGUUAGCACAAGUAGUGCCGCUCCUUGUUUUCCUGCAGAGAAGCAAGUGGGCUCGCCGGAGCAGAGCGAGGAGGUCAGCGAGCUGUGCCCCACCAGGAGGGUAGGGGAAGGCAGAUGCUGGCCCCAAGGUGCUCCCAAGCAGAAGGGAGCAAGAACCGCCGUAGCGUAGCCCUGGUGGGAGACCUCAAGCUGAGUAGUGUGCACGAUAGGCACGGGGGGGGGGGAACCUGCCGUGCAAAGCAUUGCUACCAGUAGCUGCAAAAGUUGAGAUGCCUCUAGUUACAAGCGCUGUGAGGAGAUCCGCGUUUCCACCUUCCACUGGUACCUGCCACUGUCCCCACCGUUGACCCUGCCAGCUGGGAGGACCAGCAAGGAAGGAAAAAUACCUCAGUCAUCUACAAUUCCAUGACGUUUCUCUGUGCACUGGUCCUCUUCUUCAUCCCCAGCCUAUGGCAGCCCUGCUGGGCAGGUCCCAGGGGAUUUGGCAAAGAGGCAGGAGCAGCAUGUAGCCUGCGGAGGAUUUAAUGCCAGGUGGCAAAGCCUUGGAGCAGUGUCGCAGUUGGGUGCUCUAUCCCCAGCCAUUAGUGGUUUGGAGGCGUUUGUGUUGGGGGGUGCUCAGCCUGACAUCUUAAGGUAGAUUUUGGGAAGGUGCCAAGGUCAGAGCUGCUGAGAAUUUGGCUCCUGUAAUAUCCUCAGAUCGGUUGCCCAACAUCUAUCAAUUUCUGAAAGUUUUGGUCUUAAUUGCAUUAAAAAAUCCCAUUAUAAAGCUGCAUGUACUGUCAAUAUAUACCACCCCUGCUGUUAAUGAGGAUUUUUAAUGAACGUUCUUUAUAUCUUGGGGUUUUGUCUGAUAAUGAGCAAUAAUUUUAAAACACUGGAUUUGAUCAUUUGAAAACAAGGGGAAGUUCUUCACUGUUGAACACAUGUGCUGCUAAUUGGCCAGUUGAAAAUGCUGGUUACACAGGACCUCCCAAAAUAGCAAAACAGAGCUUUUAUUUGUUUAUACCUACAGUGUUUGAAAGAUAUAUAUAUAUUUAUUAAUUGUUUCUGUUUGUCAGUCUUCCUGGGAAGCAUUUUUGUCAGCUCAGGACAUCAGUGAAAACAGAGUUUAAUAAACAAAACACAUUACAAAACUAA